UCUCCCACCCCCCAAAGCCUCUUCCACCAUUAACAACAACAAACCUUCAACUCUCACUCCAAACUGAAACAACUCUCUCUCUCUCUCUUCCAUGACCAAUCCACCAUUUCCCCUCUCCAUUUCUCUACCCAGAACUCUCUCUUAAACAAAAGCCCCAACAACAAAAUGGGCUCACUCAUCCCCUUCCCAGAUCUCAAUUCCUUCCCUGACCCCACCACCACCACCACAACCGCCACCGACGCCGCCGCCGCCGCCCCCACCACUUUAAUCCCCAAAUUAGAACCCAAGCUCGAGCCAUUCGACGACCCACACCCAGGCUUCACCCAACCCCUCAAUUCCAUACCAAACCCUAACCCCAACCACUCCCCUCAAACCCAACUCGACGAAACCAACGUCUACUCCGAAUUCAACCGCAUCUCCGAGCUCUUCCGCACCGCCUUCGCCAAGCAAAACGUCGACGUUCCGAAUCCGAGCGCGGACGACGUUGUGGAUCCCAACCCGCUCGCCAUCGUGGCCGUACCCGACCAGAACAACCAGGUCGCCGUCGUUCCUCCGAAGCGGCGCCACCAGCCGAGGUCGUCGGAGCUGGUUAGGGUAUUGGAUUUGGGGUUGGACGACCAGAGGUACUUUCGCGAUUUGGUGAGGAAGACGAGGAUGAUCUACGACUCGCUGCGGGUCUUCGCGGAGGAGAAGCGGCGGGCGCUGGGUCUGGAGCGGCGGACGGCGGCCCGGGGGGAUCUGAAGGCGGCGACGGUGAUGAGGGAUCGGGGGCUGUGGCUGAACCGGGAUAAGAGGAUCGUGGGGUCCAUACCGGGGGUUUACGUCGGAGACUUGUUCUUUUUCCGGAUGGAGCUAUGUGUUGUGGGGCUGCAUGGGCAGUCUCAGGCCGGGAUUGAUUAUGUCACGGCGAGCCAUAGCUCCAACGGAGAGCCCAUUGCUACCAGUGUUAUUGUGUCAGGUGGCUACGAAGAUGAUGAAGAUGCUGGCGAUGUUAUAAUAUAUACGGGUCAUGGGGGGCAGGACAAGACGCAUUCGAGGCAAUGCGCCCACCAGAAAUUGGAGGGUGGGAAUCUGGGACUGGAGCGGAGCAUGCAUUACGGGAUUGAAGUGAGGGUGAUUCGCGGGAUGAGGUAUGCAGGUUCGCCCAGCGGUAAAGUUUAUGUUUAUGAUGGGUUAUACAGGAUUUUCUAUUCAUGGUUUGACGUGGGUAAGUCUGGUUUCGGAGUUUACAAGUUUAAACUCGUGAGAAUGGAGAAUCAACCUGAAAUGGGUAGUUCUGUUCUGAGGUUAGCUAAGAGCCUUAGGACCGAACCGUUGUCUGUUAGACCGGUGGGCUAUGUUAGUCUUGAUAUUUCAAUGAAUAAGGAAAAUGUCCCGGUCUUAUUGUAUAAUGAUAUCGAUAGUGAGCAUGAUCCAAUGUAUUUCGAGUAUAUUGCGACGGUCGUGUUUCCUCCUCAUGUGUAUCAAGGGGGUAAUGGUAAUGGGUGUGAUUGCAUUUCUGGGUGUACGGAUGAUUGUCUUUGUACCUCCAAAAAUGGUGGAGAGUUCGCUUAUGAUCAAAAUGGGAUUCUCAUAAGAGGGAAACCUUUGAUAUUUGAAUGUGGUACUAAUUGUCGUUGCCCCCCAAGCUGCCGUAAUCGCGUGAGCCAAAAUGGCGUGAGGAACAGAUUUGAGGUUUUUAGGUCAAGGGAAACCGGUUGGGGAGUUAGGUCGCUAGACUUGAUUCAAGCUGGUUCCUUUAUUUGUGAAUAUGCUGGAGUAGUUCUCACUAGAGAGCAAGCACAACUUUUUACAAUGAAUGGAGAUAGUUUGGUGUAUCCGAACCGGUUUGCUGACAGAUGGACUGAAUGGGGGGAUUUAUCGCAAAUAUUUUCAGAUUAUGUGCGUCCAGAACAUCCGUCGAUUCCUCCUCUGGAUUUUGCAAUGGAUGUUUCAAGAAUGAGGAAUGUUGCUUGUUACAUAAGCCACAGUUCAAGUCCUAAUGUUCUGGUGCAGCUUGUGCUAUAUGACCACAAUAAUCUAUUGUUCCCGCACAUUAUGCUAUUCGCGAUGGAGAACAUCCCGCCCUUGAGAGAGCUCAGUAUUGAUUACGGGGUGGCUGAUGAAUGGACGGGGAAGCUUCGUAUCUGUAACUAGCUGAAUUUUGAGGAGUUGGUGCUUUUCUGUUUGUGGUGCAAUGCAGUGUUCUGGGGUUGCAGUACACUGAGGUAAGCUCAAAUUUCUUUGUAGGUAAUUGUUCUUUUGAACUUCAUAGUUAUAGUUACACGAGCUUGUAUGCAUUAUUUAUUUAUUUUAUAUGCUUCAUUUAUUUUAUUUUAUAAAUGAAUAUUGAUGUUGACAGAAAGGGCAAGAAGCGGCCAAAUAUGGCCUUUUAUUGUUUUUUUGAUGUAGACAAAAAUGUGGGCCUUUUGAUGAAUUCAAAUAGGGCAAGAAGCGGCCAUAUAUGGUCUUGACGCAUUUUCGGUGCAAAUAUGCCCUUACAGAGAAUGAAUGACCUGUCGGGGCCUCAGAUAUUCUGGAUACGAUGGAACUUUUAAUGCAUUCACAUAGAUUGUCCUCUUUUAUAUUGUAUCGGCCUUUCCGUUACGUCUUGUCGGUCACUUAUGUCUAUUGAAGUCAAAUUACAAUUCAACCAUGUAGGUUGAGCCAGGGAUAUCGUAAUUGCCGUCCGUAUACCUAGUGCUUAUUCCGCUAGAUUCAUGUUGAUAUUGGGAUUCAUAAACCCUUCAUUAUCACCUUGAGAACUCCAACUUGUCUAGCCGUCGAUUUUGUUAUAUCCCGGAGUUAGCAUUCGCCCCGUUUUAUCUGGAUAUUUUUGAUAAGUAGCGUGCUUUCCUUCCAUGGAGUCGUGUUCAUGAAGUGUUGGGCUAGUGCGGUGGUGACACUAGCUGCUGUGGUAGAGCUAAAGUCCAUGUAGUUGUUUGCCUAUAGUUGUUUGUAGGUUCCAGGUGGGUGUUUAUAUAGCCUUAGAAGCUUCUCGACUUCUCGUAGAAUCCUUUUUGUUUCUCUUGGAUGAAGAGGCUUCCGCAGAGCUAUUCAAUUCUUCAUGGUUGGUGUCGUGAAACACAUUUUGGUCUGGAGUCUAAUCUAGUUUUGUGGUGCGUUGAUUGCUUGAAACUUCACCAGGUUUAGUUCGAAAAACUUUACAACUAUGACUUUCCCCAAGCUCUUAAUUUAUUUGGUUUGCACGAUGCUACUUCAUAUAUUAAGUGCAAUGCUUUCCGGCAGUUCUAUUCUGGUGGCUUUAUCAGUCCCCUCAUCUGACUUGUCUAUUUUCUUUUCCAUUUGUUGUAAAGCUACUCUGUAUUUGUCUUGGGAAAUGAUUGAUUGCUGUUGCCUUAAAUGUCAAUACUCAGACUUCCAGCAUUGUAAAGCAAGUGUUUUUAUCGGCAAGCUGAUACAUCUAGAUGGUAUAGUUUUCUUAGAAUCUUAGUCCUUGUGUAUGAUUUUCCAUUUAGGCAAGCAUUGGCUGGUUGCAAGGAGUUUGCUGAUGAUAUCAUGUUGUCUCUUAUUGCACAAUUCCUAGAACUAGGAUAAAGUUUUGCUUCUGAAAAUAUCUUCCUUUUUAGGAAUGUAUUUGAGAUUUCAUUCCUCUUAUUUAGUCUGACCAGAAAUCAAAAGUUGAAUCCCCCUUUAGUUUCAAGUAGUGCAUGCAUGGUCUAUGAUACAUAAAAUCUCUAUACCCAAGGUCCUAACGAAGCUUUUUUUGCGAGCAGCAAAUCUGCAUGAGUGUCACUUUCGAUUUGCACGGAAAGGGAGUGAAGGAGAGAAAUUGAGUUUUUGGUCAACGGAUGCAAACAAUUGUGAUCAUGAAGUAUGUGUGCGGUAAACAGGUGAGAUUAACAUAGGAGCUCUCUCUCCUUUCUCUCUUUACUUCAUCUGUUAGGGUUUCUCUAGGGGGGUGGGGGCUGCCGCCCCUUGCUCCAGCUCCUCUCCUCCUCCUUUGCCGGCCACCCCCCCUCAUCUCACCGCCCGUCAUGUCCCUUCCCUAACCAGAUCCUCUUCUCGCCUCUGCCAUCUCCUUUUCCGACACCGCCUCCUCCACUGCCAGCUCCUCUCCGCCCUCUCUCCACCGCUGCUACCUCCUUUCUGCCACCGCGCCGCCUCCGCCUUCUCCUCACCACCUGCCCACCUCCUCCUCAGCCACCUCCCACUGGUCCGGUGCUCAGGAUAGCUCUAACGGAGAGAUGGAGUAGGGUGGAUCGGCUCCCUCUGGCAAUAAGUCGCCAGCUUCCUGGGUGGCAUUUCACUGGCGAAUGAUCCUUGACCGAAGGUUCCUGAACCGGCUGUCUUUGGCUCGGUUUUUUCCCGGCUGGUCUCCCCAGUCCAGUGACUGUACCGGUCUGGUUUUUCCAGAUCCGGUGGGCGUGGUAAGUGGGUGAAUAAGUUUUCAGUUUGGUUAGGUUGUUUUCUGUUUUGGUUUGGUGUUGAUUUCAUCUGUGCUUAUGGCUAGGGUUUGAACUGAGUGUCCCUUUGAGCUCUACUACUAAAAUCGGAGACGGGCCCUAUACCCUGCAUUUAUGUAUGGUCUGCUUUUGCAGUAUGUGCUUUGGAGCCUCCUAGUGGAUGUGUUCCGUUGUCUAGGUUUUAGUAGUUUUGGUUCAUUCCUGUAUUUUUUGAUGAAAUCGUUGUAGCCUUCGGGCUUUUACCUUCGGGUAUUGUGAAAUGAAUUGAUUGCCUGUUCAAAAAAAAAACAUGGGUACAAGAAGAAGGCUACACAAGGAUAAAGAUACAUGACACAAGUUUUAGUUCGAUAAAGAUACAUAAUUUUAUUUUGUUAAAAUCGUGACUAAGAAAAGUUGUAGUUCUUAAUUGGAUGCAUCAUUAAAGGAAAAUCGUAGACUAAGAAAAGUUUGAGUUCUUAAUUGGAUGCAUCAUUAAAGAAAACAUUUUCCUACUUCAAUGUGAGUGCAGAGGAAACAAUGAAAAGGUUCCUUGAAAUGGCUUUUGUUCAUACACAGAUAUCGGGUUUAUGGAAAAGUUAAGGUUUUAGAUUCUUAAUUAUUGUGGGGAAUAUUGUUUCUUAAAUGCAGAGGAGAAUCCUCUGUCGCUAGAAGUUGACAAAUCUGCAAUUGUAAGGUCUGGGUUGGCAUUGUGAAGCCAGAAUUGCAAGAGGGUAACUGUAGGGUUGCCAGUGGGAAGACAAUGUUAGUCAAUUUUGUUCUUUCAUGUGACAUGGCUGAGUGAUAAUGGGGGGUUUUUCAAAAAACUUGACGAUAUUGGUUGCAUACAUGCAUGCGUAUAGAGCACCUGUGGAUUCUUUUGUGUGGUACCCUGUGGCCUUCAUCUACACCCUUCUCGCUGGAUUCUCAAGCUGUAUGGAUUGUUUUCGUAAAAUAUACUAAGAAUUGCCCUAGAAUUAAUAAUAACAUGCAUAUUAAUUCUGAUGUUAGUGCUCAUAAUAGAUCAUUGUUUUUGCAUUUAUAUUACCGUAGUGCUACAUGAUAUCGAUUUUAAAACAACAAUGACAAAAUAAUACAUAUUUUUUCUAACCCAAGACAUGAGAGCCCUCAUGAUCUCCAGCACAUUGAAAUACACCAUAUCAUAAAGCUGACCACAUAACCAACCAGUUUGCAAGAACAAACCUCUGAUUACAAUUACUUAGAAAAUCACCUAGAUUAACACCCGAAGAUCUAGGUAAGGAAAGAAAGAGAAUGGUUCCAAAAAGAGAGAAAUGAUCUUCUUUCUCGGUGAGAUCAAUUACAGUCCAGUUCCUGCAUUGACUUGUAAAAUGCUCUUAAGACCCAACUUGCACUGCAUUAUUGUGCCUUUAAAAAGUUACUGAAAUUUGGUAAGUGGGAAGAGGCAAGUUAAAAAGCUUGUUAAGCGUUAGAAUUAUUUGAUUUGACAAAAAACAAAGCGUCAAAGACCCAUAAUUAUCAUUAGGAUCUCAAAAUUGGAAUCAAAGGGAAACUGAAGAAUAAGUUGUGAACCUCACAAUUCGGAAUUUUCAUCAGUUAAGAACAUUCAAUAUUCAAUUUCAUUCUUCUGUAAAACCAUCUUCAUGGGAAAAGACGAUACCAAUCAGGAGGUGUCAAAAUCACCAUAUAAAAUGUGAGUUUCCUUUCCUAUUAAUUAGGAACAUUCCUUUUAAAGGUUAAUCACCAUCAAAUUGUGAUAAAUUCAUGUGUGUUACUAAGUCAAUUGUUCUACAUCCUUUUUUGUAAACCAUCAUGAUGACUCUACUCCCUAAAACCAUGAAAGGCAGUUUCUCUGUUCUUUCCAUGACUUGCAAUUCUUUUACCGCAUGGGUCACGUGGCACACAUGUUAAUUUCCUCCAAAAUGACUACAAUUUACAUCUGACAUUGGUAACUACCAAAUCCAAAAAUUAAAAUACCUUGAAGUAAAUGAGAAGACAUCAAGGAAUAUAAAAGAGGUGAAUCUCAACAUUUCAAGCCUUGAAUGUUUUCCUCUUUCUCGUACUAAGUUUAGUCUCUUAUCCCAAUGAGGUAAAUAAGAAGUGACCACAAAGUGGAUUUCAAGCACCAAAUACUCUUUUAAUUAUCUUAAUCACAACAACACAAGAAGGAACAGUAGUACCUAAUGCAUUGUCAAUAUAGCAAUGAACAAAUGAGUGGAGAACUUGUUGCAAGUGGAGAGUAGUAUUCCCUUCGUUGGAGUUCUCAAAGGCGUGCGUAGGCACACUCCCAGCGCCUUGCAGACCCCCAGGCGAGGCGACUUGAAAAAGGCGAGCAAAAAGCGCAAAAAACCGACAAGGCGGAAAA